CUGGGAAGACCAUCCGAGUAGGUUUGCAAAUAUCCGCUGGACAGUCACGCCGGCAAAGUACCUAGGGGUGCCGCUUGAGCACUACCGUGACGCCGUUGAUUACUGGAAUGCCGAAACUGAAAGGGUUCGUGAAUGUACACUUAAAUGGGGAGGCCGCAAUUUCUCUAUGUUUGCGCGUGCGACAGUGUGCAACCUGUUUGCCGUUGCCAAAAUUUUUUACGUGCUCCAAGCGUUGUGCAUGUCAAGGGCUAACAUACAACGUUUACACAGAGUACUCGCGGUGUUUGUAUGGGGUUUAAGCUGGGAGCGCACCAGUCGCACUAAUCUCUUUCGUUCGGUUAAAAAUGGAGGAUUAGGUCUGGCACAUUUGUUCAUUAGGCAGAUUGUGUCGAGGUUUGUUUAUUUACGGGACCAAAAUGACCCAUUUUUAUUAACUAUGUUUCAAACAAGGCUGAGCGAAGCUAUACCUGAGUUUAUUGUAUCGUCACAUCGGUGCAGUCAAGGCAGAGCGCGUGGUUUCUUAAAAGAGGUAGUCUUGGCUUUUCAGCUCUUAAAGGUUCGGUUUUCCAUGGAAUACUUAAGUAGGGUACCACGAAAGCGCUUAUAUAAGGACCUGGUAGACACAAUCUUACCGGUGCCAUUGUAUCGCUCGAUGUUCUGCAUUGGACCUGAAAAGGACGUACUAAAAAGAGUAAAACGAAUGCCAGUACGCCCGUCGGUGAAGUCCUUCUUUUUCCAGCUCCACACCAAUACUUUACCUGUGAAACCGUGGCUAGAUGAAAAAGGACUUUCCGUGCCUUGGAGCGUCAACUGUUUACUAUGCCGGAAACCCGAAACAGUAGAACACAUUUUCCUUGACUGCUGGGAUGCUGUGUUCCAUUGGGACAUCUUACAGAGAACGCUAAAGAAGGAUUUGCCGAUUACACCAUAUGGGAUUCGUUUCCUGCCUACUCUAAAUGAAGACAAAGUACCCUAUGACAUGUUCAUGCUGGUGUCCUUGCAUAGUUUAUGGAAAACUAGAAUGGCCGUGAGACAUGCCGAAAUAAACGCCCGGCCGGUUAGAGAAUACUUCAUUGAAAGCAUUUGUCAUAUUAAGGAAUUGUACAAUUUUCAAAAAGAAAAACCAACAUGGCUCAGUGUGAUGACUGAGCUAGCGAACUUCAAGCGUUUUUAGCCCUGUGACCGCCAACCAACGGCAGAGAUUUUGUCGUGACUGUUGUGUACUGUUAAAAUGUCUUGUUUUGUAUGUUGCCAUGUCGGUAAUAAAGAAAAAAAAAAAAACUCGUGGCUCAGUGGUAGCGUCUCUGUCUCACACUCCGGAGACCCUGGUUCGAUUCCCACCCAGCCCAUCUUGCAAGUGUUGAGCCAAAGCCACCUAGAAAAAGCGCAGCUGCUUAUAUACCGCCGCGACGCCGCGAGCGACGGCGCGAGUUGGAGCCCCGUUUCUCCUCUGUCGUGACGUCACGGUGUCACGUGGUAUUGAAGGUGACA